AUGUAUCGUGUUAGGCUUGUUCUCGUGAAAUGCAGAGGAAUAGACAGCGCAGGUUACCAUAGCAGUCGGUUCAGUACACGAUUAAAGACCACUAUGCCCCAAUACUACGUGAUACGCAGCCGUUUGAAUGGGCUUGUGCUGGACAUUGCAAGGAGCAAUCGUGAACCCGGUGCAGCUGUAAUCCUAUGGCCCGAGACUAACAAUGACAAUCAACUUUGGUACCUUGACAACGGGAAGAUCAAGAGCAAAUUGAACGACCUCGUUUUGGAUAUCAAAGGAGGUUGCUCUUGUCCAGGUACCCCAGUCAUCAUGUGGCAUGGCGAGUGUGGGAAAUCGUGGCAACAGUGGCACGUAGAAUGUGAUGGGACAAUCAAAAGUGAACUCUGUGGACUUGUGCUUGACGUAAAGCAGAGUAACAGGGAGCACGGUGCAGAAUUGAUAGCUUAUUGUCACCAUGGUGGAUGCAACCAACAGUGGGAUCUUCUACCGCGAGGUUCAGGUGGCUGCCACUGCUAACUUGUAUCUAGAACUAUAGUAACGGAUGACGUGUACCGGUAGUAUGUAACUGGACUAAAGAACUUUAUCAUUAUCUAUAUACAUGUAUACUGUAUCUAUUUUGAUACUCGCAACACUGGCGGAUCCAGGGGGAGGGGCCCAUGGUGCUCCCCCCUUAUGUGGACCCAGAAUUUUCUAGGGCCCUCAAAAUGGGCCUUUUGGGCAUAAUUUGGCAUUUUGAGGCCUUUUUAGGCCAAAUUACCAAAAAUGGGCAUUAUAUUUUCUAAAUUUGGCCCAGUUAUUGGUUUUGGGUGACCACAAUCUUUUCCUGACUCAAAAUUCGGGCCCUCCCUUAGCUUCUGGAUCCGCCAGUGCCGUACAUAUUGACAAAUUUUGCUGGAAGAAAUAUGGCAUAAUAAAAAAAUAUUGACUAUACAUAUUGUCUAUAUAAAGUCUAUACUGAUCAUAAAACUGCUUAUAGAUUUUUGAUAAUUGAAAAUCAAAA